AUGUUGCUGCUCUCCUUUGAAUUAUUCGAUUUCAAUUUCAGAUCUCAGCAGAUCUCAAGGACCUGGGUUAUUGAUGAUUUCGACGUGGGUCGUCCUCUAGGGAGAGGGAAAUUUGGGUCCGUGUUCCUUGCCCGUUCGAAAGAAGAGAAGGUCGUUGUCGCAUUAAAGGCACGUGAUUUCCAGGCUUAUCGAUUUUUGAAAGGGUUCUCUUCAAGGACCAACUUAAAAAGCACAAUGCAUCAGGUGAAACGUGAGAUUGAAAUGCAGUAUCAUUUGAAGCAUCCUAAUAUUCUACGGCUAAAGGGCUAUCUUCAUGACCAAGAACGAGUAUACAUUAUUUUGAAGUUUGCCGAAGGCAAGGAGCUACACGGUCGCAUGAAAAAGAAAGGGAAGUUAGAUGAGCACGAAGCAGCCAAGUAA